GGGAUGAGGCCUCAAUCUUUACCGAAUAAGGAAUGCUUAGCCUUUUAAAUAACAGAGAACACUAAUUUUUUCUCAUUAUUUUAGAUAUCAGUUUAGCUUAACAAGCAGAGGGUUAAAUAUAUAGGGGCUAUAUUUAAAAUAUUUAUUUUAAUUGUAUUAAUAAUAAGGCUUGUCUUCCGAGACUGUAUUAAGUAUUUUAAUCUCAUUAAUAUCAGAGAGUUUUAAUUAACCUUGAUGUAAAAUAAGAGAUUUAAAAAAAUACAGACUACACUAGUUCGUGAAAAAAGUUAUGUAAUUUUUUCUUUAAUUUUAUAGUGAGAUACAAAAAAAAACAAGUCUUUAAAAAAAGAAAAGUGUAGACAAUUUGUUUUGAACAUAAGGAGAAUAUUACCCGUGCAAUAUUAACAAGUCAAAAUAAGAACACUAGAGACGAUGAAGUAUUUGACUUCACUGUUUAUCAUAUUUACCUGUAACAGACUCACGCAGCAAGCAGAUCCAGUUUGUCACAACCAAAUGGACUUAGUAUUUGUCAUAGACGGGUCCAACAGUCUGGGACCAGACAACUGGGAAAAAGCAAAAUUCACUGUGUCCAAUGCUGUUAAUGGUCUGUCUAUUGGAGUUAAUGAAACAAGAGUCGGGGCGGUGGUCUACAGUAAAGACGUCACAGUAUCGAUACCUCUGCAGACAGAUGUAUACAUGUUUAAACAAAAGGUGAACGCUUCGGACUAUCCCGAUGAGUCCACGGCCACAGAUUUGGGAAUUGCGGCAGCCGUGGAUCUCCUCACGUCACAAAGGCGCACCAACGUCUCCACAGUCAUGAUUAUCAUAACAGACGGUGAAUCAGACGACAAACUCAAAACGAAGCAAGCGGCUCAGUAUGCCAGAUCCCUGGGGAUCAACAUCUGGGCUGUAGGAGUUGGGGAUGCUAUCAGCGAGAAUGAGCUGUAUGACCUUGCUACCAACAGACAACUACAGACAAGUAUACAUAAGGAUUACGUUCAACUGUCUGAACAACUGAAGAAUCUAACGACACUUGCUUGUGAACAGCCAGCUCCUAUAUGCAGGCGUAAAUUGGAUUUGGUCUUUGUGUUUGAUGGUUCCAACAGCGUUGGAGAAAAUAACUUCAAAGGAGCUUUAGAAGUUGUGGCCAAUGCUGUGGACAUUUUUGUUGUGGGACCAGAGGACACUCGUGUGGGUGUGGUGCUUUUCAGUACAAAUGUCUCUGACAGUAUUGGUCUCCAGACAGAUAGCAAUACUUUUAAAAUACGUGUUAAAAACUUAGUGUAUCCUGAUGAGACGACCUCUACUCACUUGGGCAUCAACAAGGCUGCAGAAAUUCUGACUGCCAACCGAAGAGAUGCUGACAUGAUGAUUAUUUUAAUAACAGAUGGACAGUCAAACAACAGAGACCAAACUAUUUAUGAAGCUACUGUAGCUAAAAGUAAGUUCAUCAACAUCUGGACUAUUGGAGUCUCCAAGGCUGUUGACCAAUCUGAACUUGAGAGCAUAGCCAGUAAUGGAAAAAACCAGACAUAUCUUCUUGCUGAUUAUCAAGAAUUUUCUGAAAAGUUGAAACUUGUUACUUACGAGGCCUGCGGAAGGAAAUGUUACAACUACCUGGAUCUUGUCAUUCUGAUUGACGGUUCAAACAGUGUGGGUGAAGACACAUUCAGAUCUGCUCUUCAAACUGUGGCUAAUGCUGUUGAUAGUUUGGAGUUUGGGCCAUCCUACACUAGAGUGGCUGCUAUUGUUUAUAGUGAUGAUGUUGACAGUUUUAUGCCAUUUCAGUCAGCAAAGGAUGUUUUUCAAACAGGUGUCAGAAAUUUUGAUUAUCCUGAUCGCUCAACAUUUACCCACCUGGCUAUCAAGAAAGCAAUAGAGUUGCUGGACAACUCAACUAGGUCACAGGUGAACAAGGCCAUCCUUAUCAUAACAGAUGGACAGUCCACUAACAGGACUGAGACUCUGAGUCAAGGUAACUUGGCUAAAACCAAAGGGAUCAGCGUUUGGGGCAUUGGAGUGGGGAAAAUUGCAGACCUUGCGGAAUUGGCCAGCAUAGCUUCCAACGGAAAUAGCCAGGUCUUCAGUUCCAGUUCCUACACAGCUCUUUCACUACAGCUUAAAGAUCUCACAAAAAUUGUUUGCGUCAGCACAAAUGCCCAGAAGUAAAAAGGGAGAUAAUUACAAAAAAGAAGUAUGUCCUCUUUAACUCAGAAUUUCUUGUUAUCCUGAUUUGUAUUUAUAAAUUUGUUCCUGAUUGAAUGUCAAAAUAAUUUAAUAAAAUAUAAGAAACAUGA